AUGAACGAUUCCAGGGUGCGUCUGACAGUCCCAGACACACAUCUUCACAUCGACGGCGAGAGCAACGCGCCCAUCCCGGGCUCGAUCUCUAUAACAUCUCUCACCCCUUCUCCAAGCACCGCUCACCCCGAGAUCAUCAUCGAGUUGGCACGACUAGUGAAGCCAAUGCUAUCAAAUACACGCAGCCCGGAGCGAGAGAAAGAGAGAGGCAGCAAGAACUUUUGUAUCUGGAAGCGGAAAGCAGCCCGCGCCCGAGCCCAGGUGCAACAUCUGCCCUGUCGAAUACCCGAAGCGCAAAUGCAGACAAUAGCAAGAUGUAACAUUUGGCAUGCACCGGAAAAGAUCAGCCAAAAUACCCAUGAAAGUAUGUUCAACUUUUCUCUUGCCGUCUCGGGUGACAUCCCGCCGACGGCGGACACGGUGUUGGGCAGUGUAUCCUACAUCGUUACAGCGACAGUACGCUUUGCAUCGGCUGCAAGCGUACAAGAAUCGCAGCCCAUCAAGAUUCAUCGGCUAGCAGCAUCGAGCCCCAUUUCAUAUAUCCGGUCAUACCCUGGUAGUCCUGUGGUCACGGAACUUCGCAUAACUCCGCAACCAGCAAAACGGGAGUACGGACAGGCGUGCAAGACAACGAGAGCGCAACAUCACUAUGACCUACGGUGGCGAGCGAGGUCAACCAUCAUGCCUGGAGCGCGAGACUCGGAAGUUAAAUGCGUUGUCGUCAAGGAAUUGCGAUGGCGGGUCGAGGAGACGGUCAAGUUUAUAUCUCUCUUUCCAGCAAGACAUGGAAACGAAUCUGAGGACAGGAACGGGCGGAAGAUGAUCUGCCAUCAUCAGCACACCCAGAAUUUAUGCCAUGGACAGCAAACGGGGCGGUGGGUAGCGAGCAGGUGCCAAGUGGAAGAUGAAGAUUGUUUGAUCGAGAUACCGUGUCACCUAGACCUUCCGAGUGCUGUCAACAAUAUCGAUGCCUCGUCAGACCACCACGACGACGGUAAUGAUGGGGAAGCGCUCGCAAUUGCCGUCGACCACCAGCUGCAUCUCGAAGUCGUGACGGGUGAGGAUACCUUUCACCGAGAGACUGGCGAUCUCGUCGAGCGCAAGCCAUGCGUAAGGUCCUACAAGGCUGCCUUCGCUCUUCCCGUAUGCGGCGUCGCUGACGACGAUUUGCUGAACCAACUGCGUGCCGCGAACGCGCUUCCAAAGUACGAAGCGUCAUAUCCAGCGCUGCCAGAGUAUAAAGUAAUAUCAUAA